AUUCCAAUCAGAUUGAGAGGCGAGUCUAAAGAUUUGAUUGGCAGCUGAAGUAGCCAACGCGCGCUUUGCUCCACGUCUGCAGGAUUGAGAAAGAUGGUUGAUGUUGUAGAAUGCUAAGCUGAUCUGUUACCAUGGAGAAAUUAGGCAUGAGUUUUGGAGGUGGCCCAAGUAAGAAGGAACUUCAGGAGCAGGUAGAAACUCAACGGAAGCAACUACAACAGUACCAGGGUCGACUGAAGGAUGUUGUGCGAGCAUACAAGAGUCUUCAGAAAGAAAAGGAGGCCCUUGAGGCCAGUCUCCAUGUACUUUCCACUACUCAGGAGCCAGGCACUCUUUUCUCAGAAUCUGAAGAGGCACAUGAUGACCAACAUUCCAUACACAGUGAGGAUAGUGUGGACACAGCAGGUAGUCUUCCCAGUGCUAGAGGAGGUGAGACGAGUGAGGAUGAGAGACCAGAUCCUUCUCAACGAGGUGGAAUAGAGGAGGCCAGUGGUUCAGAGAGUGGGGUCAGCACUGCCAGUGGAGAGGGAGGUCAAGCCACAGCAGUUGAGACUGACCGUAAGAUGGUGCAGCUGAAAAACCAGCUUUCUACACUAACUAGUGCUCUGGCAACAGUUACACAAGAAAAAUCUCGCAUGGAGGCUUCUUAUCAAGCAGAUAAGAGGAAUGCAAAGCAGGAAAUGGAGGAGUUGAUGCUGAGUUUUGUGCAAGAGAGGACCAAAUUGCAGGAAGAAAUUCAGAGCAUUCAGGAGCAACUUGCAGAGACCAAGGCCAGAUUAAUUAGCCAGCAACAUGACCGUGCUCAGGAGCAAACAGACCAUGUCAUUAUGCUAAAAGAGCUUCAGCGACUCUUGCAAGGAGAACGAGACCACCGUCAGGAAGCAGAACUCCGACUGGAGGAAGCAAGACAAGAGCUAGCAGGCAAGCUAGCAGGAAUAUCUGAGCUAGAAGGAAGGUCUGAGGUAGCAGAAGAGCAAAACAGAAAGCUGCGUAAAGAUCUUGAGGAACUGAGAAAGGAGAUAAUGGAAGCUAGACGGCAGGGAGCAGAACCUGACCCAGCAGUAAAGAAGCUCCAAGCAGAGCUGGAUAGAGUGAAAGAAGAGAUGCAUGCUCUUCUGCAAGAGGAGAGAAAAAAGAAGCUGGAUGAGGAGCAAGAAACUAUGCAGCGUUUUCUACAGGAGGAGCAACGCAUCUGUUCCCUUGAGUCUCAGGUUUCCGAAAUGUCAGAACUUCUAGGUGCAGCAGAAACAUCCAAACAAAGAGAUCAAGCAACUAUUCGCAAGCUUCGAGAACGUCUAAUACAGCUAGAAGCAGAGAACAAGACUCUUGCACUAACCUCUUCAAUGCAAACCCCAUCUGAAGUUACUUUUAAUUUUAAUAAAGGGGAGGAUAUGGAUGAGGGUCCAGAGCAGCACGCAUCUGUGCUUUUUUACCAGCAAGAGCUUCAGCAACUGAAGGAGGAAUUUGAGCGUUAUAAAUCACGUGCACAAGGUGUACUAAGAACCAAAGGUGCACGGGAGGGAGAACUAGAGGCUGGCAAAAAACAAAUGGCAGAACUGAAAGAACGAUGUGUUUCUCUGCGACUUUCUGCAGAAGAGGCUGAAAGCCAGCACAAAGCAGAAAUGGAGGCUGCCCAAAAACAGAUUGCACUAAUGCUUCAAUCUCACCGGCAGGAGCUAGAAUCUGUGCGCAAAGAGGGUAGAGACAAUAUGGCUCGUCUGGAGGAAGAAGUGCGACAGCAUAGAGAACGAGUACUAGCUGUUUUAGCGGAGAAAGAGCAAGAGCUGGAGAAAUUAAGAGAAACAAAGAUCACAUCAGUGGUCCCUCUCUCAGUCCUGGACUCAAUUGGCAAUGGCCUAGAACUUUCACAGGGUGCCUCCUCCACUUUUAUAGUGUAUGCAGAACAGUUGUCACGCAAAGAAGCAGAGAUUGGAAACCUGCGACGAAGAAAGCAUGAACUGGAGUCAGAACUACAGAGUAUGCAGGAGAAAUUGGCAGAGCAAAAGGAGGAGGCGAAUAUUCUACAGGAGCAAAUGAAAAAAAAUGUACGAGACAGAAGAAGGGAGGGGGCAAACAUGGAGUAUCUGAAAAAUGUAUUGUUAGGAUAUUUGACAUUGCCAGACCCAAGAGGAAGACAGCAUACACUGAGCGCUCUGCUUGCAGUGUUGCAUUUUUCUCCGGAGGAACGAAAUGCAGCAUUGCGUGCACAGGAGGGGAGUAGGUGGUGGGCAGGAAGCAACAGGUGACGUCUUCUGAAAGACUUGCAGAUGUUAUAAGUAGACAGCACGUUGCACAUUUUAUUUGGCAGAUAUUUAUGAUCAUCUCCUCUGUGAGGCUUAGUAAUAGUAAUAAGCUUAGUAAUAAAACUUAAAGACCUUUUUUUGAGAGUAUGCACUAUUCAUCUCAAUUAAAAAUAAGUAUCUGACUUAAAAUCUUGGUCCACCUCUCUCCAACUAUAUGGUUCUGGACUGGAGUGCAGGAGAGUGACUGUGUCUGAGGAACUGUUCUAGAAAAUUACUGGUAUAAGUGUGAGCUGACUAGUCAGACCAUGCUUUUCAACCAAGUUGCACCCAAAAUAUGGCUGCCUUGGCAAAAGACACAAUAAAACAAUUGCUAUGACAAACUACUGAAUACA